AUGGAUAUUAUGGAGACCGUCAGAGAAAUCAUCCCUUUCGUGAUGGAAAUACUACGCCAGAAAGCGAGCCGGGGUGUGCUGAAGGUCUAUCUGUUGGGGUCUGUCCUGGCUCUUCUGGGGUGUGUUUUAGGGCUGCUGGAGCUGUUUUACAUGCCCUUUACCUUUGUUGACCCAUUAGACCCGGAGCGGGGCUCUCUGAUGGCCUGGAUACAGGAGCCUGAAGCAGCACUGAGUCACCGGGAGAAAAAACUCAAACUCACGGGUCUAAGAUCUGAAAAAGCGACCAGAACCUCUGCCAACCGUCUGCACACUUCAUAA